GAAGCUGUUGUGUAUUUUAAUACCUGGUGAAUGAAAAGGGGAAGUGUAGGCGUUGAUCUGAGUGGAGGGGAAGUUAAACACUGUCCACGGGGUACGACUCCUUAGUACACAGAUCAGCAGCACGCCAAGACUACAAACAUAGACAGCUAGAGUCGUGGUUGAUAUAUGGGUUCACAUAGAAAUCACCGCUCGGUGAUCCGUCAGAGUGUGCCUCAGCUGGCCGUAUAGAAAUCAUUGGACAACUUGAUCGUCAGUACACUGCAAAGAAAUACUGAGAUAAACUUCAUGUAAUCAACAUUCACAGUUCAGAUAAUCUGCUAUAUGGUUUAUGAACUGCCAGUUUACAGUCACCAUUUUUGUUUACUUCGGCAUGUACCAGUAUAUCUAGUUGGAUAUGAUGACAUACUCCUCUCGUUUGAGGUUCAUAUCGCUUGAGUGUCUUUACUCUUAACGUGUUCAACAAACCCUACAAACUGGUAGGGUCUAUGGCUGACUGGCACUGCAGCUUUUCAGUACAACUUGGUUUAUACUACAAAUUAAUGCCAAGUUACUUGGACUACAAUACUUUACAUGAAGUAGAAUGGACUGAAGAGGGGCGAAAUAUAUUGAUAAAAGUCUGCUGCAUGUGAAACAUUAACGAUCCUAGUGUUUGUCAUCAUCUUUUAAGGAGUCUGUCCUCAAUGGUCUCCUACAACUCAAGGCUACAAUGCUUUUGAUGUGAAUGCAACAUUGCAUUUAUCAAGGAUGCACAACACCCCCUGGUGUGUUGUGCUCAGCGUCUGCAUCCCACUGAGUCUCAUUCAUCAUUAUCCACACUGUCACACAUAAACUGAGCUUUUGUUGUGGCUGUUGAGUGUGUGUUGUUGUGUGACCCCAUGUGUGUUCAUUGGCUCGGACAAAGUUAAACUGUGCUCAGUGCGAGCAUUGCUCUGGGAGAAAGUUAUUGAUUGUGGGGUUUUGGUCGUUGUGAUGAUCAGACCAGUUGGAAAGAUCUAUUGAGCAACAAACUUGGGUUUCGUGCUCAGAAGCUGAUCCGAUGCUACGGUCACGGACGGUAUCUUGUAACAGUGUAAACAUCACGGGCAGAUAAUCAUGCGGACAAACUCUCUCUCUGUGCAGUGCGAGGAUACACCCUUCGAGUUGUGAAUCAUUACAAUUAGGAGUGGACAUAACUAACGCUGACUGUAAAUGUUUGCAUUUACAAUAAAAGCGUUGUCAGAUUUUUUAAAAGCAUUGACGAGUAAUGGAAUGAGUUUCUGCGGCUGCUUUUAUUGGAAUGUAAAGUGAUUUGAUAUCAUCAUCAUACCAACUGGACCACUGUGUUUGACUUCAAUUUUGAGAGAAAUUGUUAAUCUUGGAGAUUAAACAAUAUUUGCAUUGGCAGUAGCAAUGUUGAAGUGUCAAUACGUUAAUUGACUUCAGAGGAGCUGAAUGAAUUCACUCGUUUGGUGUGAUAGCCAGCUUGAUGCUGAUGUCAAGAGUCAAGCGAAAGUGAAAAAGGAUUUUACUGACAAACAUUUAAAAAUAAAAACCUUGCAUAACACUCAGUUAGAUCUUGAUCCCCAUCAAGAUGCAAGAGAGUAAAAAUGGAGAGAUGGUUGCCAUGGAGAUAGUGGAUGAUGAUAGCGAUUCCCCGCUGGAGGACGAGUGUUCCCGUGUCUGCUUGUGUGACAAAUGUCGCCCAGAGAAACACCCUCCCACUAAGGCGAGUUCAUGGAGAAAGAUUCGCAACAUGGUGCACUGGUCUCCGUUUGUUCAGUCUUUCAAGAAGAAGUAUCCCUGGGUGCAGCUUGCCGGCCACCAAGGUAAUUUCAAGGCAGGGGAAUUUGGUACCAUCUUGAAGAAGCACACGCAGAAAGAGCAAUGGGCCCUGAGGAAGCUGAUGGCCGACAUUCUAAGACCUUACAUCCCUGAGUACAAAGGACUCGUCGAGAAGAACUCCGAGAAAUAUGUUCAAAUGCAAGAUCUUCUAGGUGAUUUUGACAACCCGUCGGUGAUGGACUGCAAAAUCGGAACCAGAACAUACUUGGAGGAGGAACUGAAGAAAGCGAGAGAGAAGCCCAAACUUCGUAAGGACAUGUACCAGAAGAUGAUUGAAAUUGAUCCCAAAGAACCAACAGCAGAAGAGAAUAGACUUGGAGCCAUCACCAAGCCACGCUACAUGCAGUGGAGGGAGUUUAUGAGCUCCUCCGCCACCUUAGGCUUUAGGAUUGAAGGCGUCAAGAAGGGUGACGGACAUUCGAGUCGGGACUACAAGACGGUACGUACAAAAGACCAGAUCAGCGAUAGUUUCAACUUCUUCAUUGAUGGUGACCCCGUCCUCCAGGCUAAGUACAUCCGCCGCUUGAAGGCCAUCCGGGCAACGCUGGAAUCGUCAGAGUUCUUUGCACUACAUGAGGUCAUUGGCAGCUCCCUUCUGUUUGUGCAUGAUAAAGCUGGAAAGGCAAGUGUGUGGAUGAUUGACUUCGGCAAGACCACUCCUCUUCCCGAAUCGGAGACGAAUGACCACCGCACCCCAUGGGUAGAAGGGAACCAUGAAGAUGGCUACCUGUUUGGACUGGAUAUGAUGAUUGAUGUAUUUUCGAACAUGAAACCCAGAGAGCUUCCUGCUGAGGUUAACUCUGUGAAACCUACUGUCAAAAAUAAUCCCGCUUCUGACACCGUUUCGACUGCAUUGAACAAUGAUCCCACUUCUGACACCAAUUCCACUACAUUGAACAAUGAUUCCACUUCUGAUACCAAUCAAACUGCAGUAAGCACCUCCUCAGGAUCACUUAGUGUCUCCUCUUCCAUACUCCCUGCUUCCUCCUCCACACAACCUCCCAUCAUCACGGCAGCGCCCUCGUAGCAGACGGCCGACCACCGCUCUCGUCUUACCUUUCACUAGUUGCUGCAACAGCUUCAUUGGUCAUUGCAGAUCUUUGUAAUAAGCUCAGUGAUUCUCUCUGGAUCUAGCUGACAAUUUUCUAGCAUGGUUAUAGACAUGCUAAUACUUUUUUUCAGGUGGGUGUCCAUUAUAUGACCCAUAGUCUUUCAAGCUGCACAUUGGUGAGGUGUACAUGUAAUGCACAGAUUUUAUAUUGUAAAAUUACAGUUUGAGUGCUUCUUGAGUGAGACGUAAUACUAGAUUCUACUUCUAUAUCCAAUUCCAGUAUCAAAACAAGUGAAUACACCGACUUUCUAUGGACUUGAUGGUGGGAUGCACACCAACCUUGCAAAAGCUGCAUCAAAGUUUAAAGUGCUUAGCCAUUUUAAUCCGUUAAUGCAAGCCAACAAGUUUACUAACACAUGUUUUCCUGAUGGUAAAUCAUUUCACUACGGUUAUGGCAAGCUUUUAAGCACGUACAUGUGGCAAGUGCCUGUAUGAAUGUGAUAGUUGCCUUGAUGCUCGUAGAGGUGCCUUUUGCCUAGGCGAAAUUGCAUGUCACUUCAUAAUUCCAUGCUUGAAAGUAUGUUAUGUUGACCUGGUAUGUAUAUGUCAGUGUCACACUCCCACACUUCAUGAUUGUUUUUGGAACUCACUUGAAAACAACAACAGCAAAAGGGGAGGGAAUAAUAUACUCUCAAAGUAGCUUGGCUUAUGAUUGUUUGAUUUUUCAUUGCAGGGAAAGAAACAAAAAUUGCUUGAAGAUUCGACCCUAGCAAAGUCUCUCUCAUUUUUAGCCUUUGAGAAAGAAUCUGCUGGGGUCGAAUUGUCAUGCAAAUAACAAUAUUGUUUGCGUCAUGCAAAUAACAAUUGUUUGCAUUUACAAGUCCUUUUAGCAGUUUCCAACGGGUAAUUCAAUUUUGCCUUUUUCGUUGUGAAGUGUUCAUGUUGCGUAUCUCAAUGACAAUUGAACGAUCGUUUCAAUCAGUCAUUACAACCUCUUUUGUCUUAGAGAUGGCAGAAGCAAUUAUAUACAACUAACAGAAUCUUAACAAAUCGAAACAUUGGUCAACCUUGAUGAGCACAAAAUCUUGUUUCAUAAUCACAAAAUGCAGCAUCUUUGAAGAAAUAUAUGUUUUCCUUUCCUAUUUAACUUAAAGGGGAACAUCUGUAAAACAGUUGAUUUAGGGGCAUCAACACUUUCAGCAAUUUCACAGUCGUACAAAGUCCAUUUUAUGAAUCCAGUGUAGCAUCUGUUUGCAAGCAUCAACAUUUUUAUUUAACCUUACAGAAAAACUUACCAUUGAAUAUUAUUCUAAUUAUUACUUUUUAAUAAUUUUAGUUCUGACUGAGUAGAAACACAGGAAUUGACUGCAGGUAAAACGUGCAAACAUAUUGCCUUGUUAACCUGUGGUCAACUCAAUUAUUUCAAGCUGUUAGCGAAGAAUUUUUAAAAAUCUACAAAGACCAGACAAAUUUUGAGCUUGUUAAUUAUUAUUGUUUUCAAAUAGUCCCUAGGAGUAACUUGGCUCCUGUAGUUGUAAGUAAUCAAUCCCAAAAUGAGACUCGGUUAGCUUCCUGAAAUUUUAGAUUUGUUCAGCUGUUGAGAACCCUUCAGCUCGGGCCAUUAGGCCAUGUCAAAUUUCACUUUGCAUUUUCUUGAAGUGUAUGUAAAAACAAAUUAUUUAUCCGCUUCAAGUCUUCGUGUUAUUUUUAGACUUCUCCAAUAAACCCUCAAGAUUUGUGUUUUCAUGGGUUUUGCCCCUUUUUCCUCAGAUCAAGAGAUGAUAUUUUUGUAAUUAUAUAAUUUUUUAGAAAUUUCAAUGAAAGUUUAUGGUUUCUGCAGUAGCUGAUUAUGUGAGAAGCCUUUUAGAAGAUCUUAACUAUAUGUUGGUCGUUUUAUUCAUUUUUUUUAGAUGUUUUUAUUCCUUCGUUCACUUUGUACUGAAUAUGUGGGGGAUGUUAGGCAGUUAUUUUGGCUCACCUUGUAAGGUUUUUAGAACUUAUUUGUUUUAUUUUAUUAAUUUUUAUUCUCCUUUCUUUUAUACAGUUAUUAUGACCUUCCCACAAUUUGAGGGUGUAGCCUCACACCUUUUGCGGCCAUAGCGGCCAAAAGUGGCUGGUACCAAAAUAUUCACAACAUCCACAAAUCCAUCAGAUUUUACCUACAUGUACAUGUACUGCCACUCUACCUGAAAGGUCAAAGUAAAACCGAUGACCUAAACAUAAAACUAAACCAAACCAAAUUUGUUUUUGUUUUAUUUAUUUCUUACAUUUUCACUGGAAAAGUUUGCUUGAAAACCAACAAUAUAACAGUUUUAUCUUUCGGAUUAAAAACUGUUUUAUCUUUCGGAUUAAAAACUGUAAUUUCAUGGGACCCCCCCCCCCCCCCUUUUUUUUUGCCACUUGUGUAUUUUACCUUUAACAUGUCCUAAAUGUAUUGGAAUUGAUUUGGUCUUACUUGAGCACAAACAUGCAUCAUUUUUAGGUUUUGUGUUUGCUACAUCUGGAAAGCUUGAAUAACACUCAAUUCUUUGGUGGGUGUAGGCGGCCAGGUUUGAAGGGGAAACCCUUAAAUGUUCUUCCUAGCUCGCCCCGCCUCUUACCAAAAUAUAGGUAUUGCCACUUCAAAAAACAUCUGGAGAUUUUAAACCAUUUUGUAGAUAUUUUUAUUUAAAGAGAGCAUGAAGAAUAUUAUUGUAAACAUUCUUUGUUUGUAAUUAUUAUGCGCAUAUAUUUAAGGUUAAGUCAGUUAGGAUCGUGUAUUUUUAGUUUUGUAAUCAUGAAUACUGCUUUUCCUCAUUCCGAUUCUAUUGUUGAUAUGAUUUUAUUGUUAAGGGUGCUGAAACAUCAAAGGGUUACUGACCUAAAAAGUGUUCAUAUUGUUGAACAAAAAUUUCAGGGAUUUCCUAAAGCGGGGUGUCCUGAAUUAAUUUUCACAACACUUUGAAAUGCGAAUUUUGGGGUAUUUUAAAAAAAAUUUAUUACAUAUUUGUCUGUUAUUAUUCCAAAAUAAUGCAAAACAUCUUCUCAAUUACUUCACUGACUUGGAUGCAGCUUUCUCAUUUAACAGUGGUCCACUGGCCAAAUGCUAGUUUAAACACCUCAGAACCAGUCGGCUUUCUGUCCAACAAGUCCUCUGUGCUUGUUUAUAACUGAAGUCCUAUUGCUACAUGAAAAUCACUUCAUAUCAGUUCAAAUUACAAGUCCCAUGCGGAAAGAAAAACAUGGACUGGUGAAAUUUCUCUCUACUGUGCCAUGUUAAGGUCAUUGGCAAACCCUGUGAUCUGGGCCCAAUUUCAUAGCGCUGCUUAACAGUAAGCAAAUUUGCGUGCUUACUGUAGCAGGAAAAUU